AUGGUGAAGAAGGAAUCGACAACUGAGACAACCGAGUCCCCAAAUGACGGCGAGUACGUCCUGACGCCGGAAGAGGAAGCCAGAUACGGCCGUUUUUCUAAGAACCAGAAACGGUUAUUCAUGACCAUCAUGGCUAUAGCCACCUCGCUAGGGCCGUACUCUUCUUCCGCCUACAUGCCAGCGUCACAGAUGAUUGCUGACGAAUUCAGCACCACCGGAUCCACGGUAAACUUGUCUGGAACCGUUUUCAACAUAAUGACUGCAAUUUCCCCAUGUCUCUUCAACCGCUUGUACGAAUUCUACGGCUGCCGUCCAAUUUUCAUUCUCAUGGCCACCCUCCUGUUGAUACCCUCGAUUCUCACCGCCAUUUCGGUGAACCUCCCCAUGUUUUUCGCGUUUCGCAGUCUCACAGGCCUUUUCUCCUACUCCUUCAUCAACAUGGCCGCUUCUGUCACCGGCCACAUAUAUCCGCCCACCGAGAGAUCCACAGCUCUCAGUUACUGCUUGGCGGGCACCUUGGCAGCCAGUGCUUUUGCCCCCGUCCUUGCUGGAGUCAUUAUCACGUACGCGUCCUGGAGAAUCAUUUUCUGGGUCCAGACAGGCAUCACUGCUUAUGUGCUGGCCAUGGCUAUUGUCUUCCUCAAGGAAACAACGCCAGAAACUGAGUUUUCCGUGUGGAAACGACAAACGUCUAAAAAGUUCAAGUUCAUCGCCGUCAACCCGUUUACGGUUGUCCUUGCAUUGCGCAUCCCAACGCUCUUUCUCGCCGGCAUCACCACUCUCUUGCUAUCCUUCAAUUAUUUCGCAUUACUCACCCCAAUCAGAUACGUUGUCGACCCGCGAUUUGGAUUUACCAGCCCUAUCCAGGGCUCCCUCUUCUACCUCGCUCCUGGCUGCGGGAUGGUUAUAUCUACCCAGUUUGCGGGCAGGUACGCCGAUUGGGUGUUGAAGCGAGCAAUCAAAAGAAGAGGCGGGCGGCUUGUGAGCGAGGACAGACUGCAGGCGUGUUUGCCGGCGAUGCUGGUUAUGUUCUCGUCGACUAUAAUUUACGGCUGGUCUAUCCAGGAGAAAAAAGGCGGGCUGGUGCUGCCAAUCGUCGUGAUGUUCCUCAACGGGCUGUCCCAGACGUUUGUGUACACGCCAGUCAAUUCGUAUUGCAUUGGCAGUUUGCCCGAAAUAGGGUCGCCGAUUUCGCUGGGCUCAAACUAUUUCAUCCGCAACAUAGGUGCUGCUAUUGGGUCGGGCGUCACCUUGCCCCUGUUCGACGCCAUCGGCAUCGGAUGGUCCAGCGUUAUCAACGGGGCCCUCAUUACCGUAGCCUUUGGCUGCACACUGCUUUGCUACAAGGUGGGCCAGAACUGGCGCACAAGGUGGCUGAAAAAAAACGGCUAUCGCUCUGGAGACGGGUACGACCGAGAAGGAUAG